CUAUUGUUGCGAAAUGAAAACUGGAGCACGGAUAGUUUUGAAAGAAUAGGGCUGGAGCUAAACAUUUGGGAUGGCGUCCAAGAAGGAGGAUGCAGAGAAGGCCUCAGUUCGCCAUCUCCCUUUCCAGAGUGUAGCAGAGUUCGAGGAGCAUGCGAAAGUCGUGCUGCCGAAGCAGGCAUACGAUUACUAUUCGUCCGGAGCCACAAACGAAGUUUCCUUGAGGGAAAAUUGCCAAGCGUUCUCCAGACUGUUGCUGAGAUGGCGGUGCCUGCGGGGAAUCACCAACGCAGACCUUCGCACCACUGUGCAAGGGGAUGCGAUCAGCUCGCCGAUCUGCGUAGCUCCCACGGCCAUGCAGCGGAUGGCUUGUCCUGAUGGCGAAGUGGCUAUGGCCCGGGCCUGUGCCAGAUCGAAGACGGUGAUGACCCUGAGCACAUGGGCAACAUCCAGCAUUGAGCAGGUAGCUGCGGCCAGUCCGGGUGACGCUGCAUCUCUGAGAUGGUUCCAGCUGUACAUCUACAGCGAUAGAGAGAUAACGCGGCGCUUGGCCGAGCGAGCAGAGCGAUGCGGAUACAAGGCGAUCGCCGUGACGGUGGACACACCGCGCCUGGGAAUCCGCUAUGCCGACAUGGAGAACAAGUUCACGCUGCCGCGGCACCUGACCUUGGCUAACUUCGACACGUCCGGUGAACACGCUAGUGGCGUGAAAGGCAGUAACCAGUCUGGCUUGGCCGAAUAUGUCGCUUCUCUUAUUGACCGGUCACUGUGCUGGGAUGAUAUAGACUGGCUGAAAUCAAUCACGAAACUACCCAUCAUCGUGAAAGGUGUGAUGAGUGCUGAAGAUGCUACUGAAGCACUGAGGAGAGGAGUGUCUGGUAUCUGGGUAUCCAAUCAUGGUGCUAGACAACUCGACUCAACUGCAGCCACUAUAGAAGUUCUACCGGAAGUGGUGCAUGCCGUCAAUGGUCGCGUGGAGGUGUACGUGGAUGGUGGUGUUCGGAAUGGUGGAGAUGUUCUGAAGGCGCUGGCACUGGGAGCACGGGCAGUGUUUGUUGGUCGUCCAGCCCUGUGGGGUCUUGCAUGCAAUGGUGAAGCCGGUGUGUGUCAAGUUCUAGAACUUCUCAACAAGGAACUGGAAAUGUCCAUGGCAUUGUGUGGAUGUCCAUCCGUGCGUGACAUUCCAGCAUCUCUUGUGGUGCAUGCUUCCCAGUAUCGAUCCCAGCUUUAGUAGAGCAGUACUGCCAAUGUGGAAGGAUUGGCAGGUGCUUGUCAAGUCUUUCUUCGUCUUCCUUCACACAGGCAUGGUCCCCUUGUUUUUUCUGCAGGUUUUCAACUUAAAAAUAUAAUUUCAACAUAGUUCUGUAAAAGUCGGUGAAUGUUCUCGUUUACACUGGGCAAAUUAGAGUGAGAUUUUCAAUGAUUUAGUUAAGCUUGCUGAAAAUUUCUUUAGCUGUAGUGGAUUCUUCAUUUCCCCCAGGCUUGUGUGCACCAGCGGGCACACUUAGAGAUGCAAUCUAUUGUAUAUGCAAUGAAUAUUCCUCGCGGCUAUUUUCAGGAAUUUUGAUUUUUCCCGUAGUUCUAUAAUAAUUAUCAUGAUGUGAUGUUCGCAUCACCAGGCUGGCCCUGCCCUGUACAGCUGGGCUUAUCGUACCAGUAAUAAGUUUUUAACUAUCUACAUUCUA